CUAUCGUCGCUGACAGGAGUAGUAACGGCAUAAACAGCACAGACGCUGUUUGUCACUGGAAGUCAGUGCAGGGCUGCUUAAUUUAAGAAAUUCGUAUAAGACAGUACUUUCAAUAACAGAAGACAUAUUUAUAUUAACACUCAUGUUAUUAAAAUUGCAAAAACGCUGUCGACGAAAGUAACGCUAACAAAAACGUGAUGUAUCGGUAAGCUAACUGCUAGCUGGCUACCGUUACUUGACCUGCUGUUUGCUAACUUAGAAUCAGGUCCUGAAGAGCUUGCAACAAACCGAGUUAGGAAUACCAAAGCUGUGGAAAUCUCAGAGUUGGUGUCAUCUUCAUAAGCUCUCAGCGUCUAGUGCUUCCUUCUCCCCUUCCCCCCUGGUGGUUGAAUUCAUGAGUGCGCUCAGUGACAGCCGUGUGUAAUCCUUGGGAAUGGGGAAUGGAGUCCAGGAACAACGGGCAUCACUCACACAGGGAGACAGGCUGCCGCUGGCCUCCUCCAGUCAGUCAGAAUCCAGCUAUGAGGGUCUCAACCAAACUCGGUCAGUCCUCACCUCGCUCUUCUCAGGGGCUUUAGCAGGAGCUGUGGCCAAGACUGCUGUUGCCCCAUUGGACCGAACUAAAAUAAUAUUUCAAGUGUCUUCAGCAAGAUUCUCAGCCAAGGAGGCCUACAGGUUAAUCUACCGCACAUACCUGAAAGAAGGCUUCUUCAGCCUAUGGAGGGGGAAUUCUGCCACCAUGGUGCGAGUCAUCCCAUAUGCUGCCAUUCAAUUCUGUGCACACGAGCAAUUCAAGGGGCUGCUGGGAGGCUACUACGGCUUUCAGGGCAAAGCUCUACCUCCUUUACAGAGGUUUCUGGCAGGGUCUAUGGCAGGUACCACAGCUUCCAUGUUGACCUAUCCACUGGAUAUGGUGAGAGCUAGGAUGGCUGUAACGCCAAAGGAAAUGUACAGUAACAUUCUUCACGUGUUUGUGCGGAUAUCAAGAGAAGAGGGUAUGAAGACUUUAUAUCGAGGCUUUACUCCUACCCUGAUGGGUGUUGUGCCCUAUGCUGGUCUCAGCUUCUUCACCUAUGAGUCACUGAAGAAGGUACAUGCAGAGAAAAGUGGGCGUCCACAGCCGUACUCCUAUGAGCGUAUGGCAUUUGGAGCCUGCGCUGGUCUUAUUAGCCAGUCGGCUUCUUACCCUCUGGACGUUGUGCGACGCCGGAUGCAGACUGCGGGGGUCACGGGUCACACGUACGGUACGAUCUUGGGCACCAUUAGGGAGAUUGUGUCUGAGGAGGGAGUGAUCCGUGGACUCUACAAAGGUCUCAGCAUGAACUGGGUUAAAGGACCCAUGGCGGUGGGAAUCAGCUUCACUACAUUUGACCUCACACAGAUUCUUCUGAAGGCGCUGGAUGAGAUGGGCUCUACUAACCGAUAAUAUCGCUACUGAGGGCGACAGCACACUCCCUGAACAGAAACACAGGAGGCUGGAGAGUGACAGGUGUGUGUUGGGUAGAAGUAAACGCACACCAGCUCAGGAUGCAAGGGGAAUACGUUGUGUUCUCUCACUUUAUUUGUGUGCAACAUGGGGUGCAACACACCCUGUAGGCGUGAGGUUUUUCUGAAUAAUACCAAGUACCUGUACACACUGUUGUUAUGUACAUCUAAGUGCAAUAUGCCCCCUUAUUUACUUGUGUACACAUAAAGCUCCUGUGAUAGUGGAGCAGGCCUGUGAGUGUUUUAGCCAAUCAGAGGGUUUCGCACACUGAAACACACUUAGACACACACACACACACACAGCAUCUCCCAACUGCCUUUGCCUAAAACUGACAAGCAAUGCAAGUUGCCAUGCAUCAAAAUUUAGGAUGCAUUUGAUCCAAUAUUAGGUAGAAUGCCCCUUGAGAUUUGAUUUUUUUUUUCUUUUUUUUUUUUUUUUUGCGUUUGUGAGUGAGGUUGUUUUUUUCUUGAGGAAUUGUACCAAAGGCUAGAUAAUAAGCUAGUUAUAUAUUAGAUUAUAUAAUGUUUGUAUGUGAAAGCACAAAGGUUUGACUUCUGAGCAAAGAUGUUGCCCGGCACAGAGACAGAAGCAGCACAACUGUGGUCAAAUAUUCAGUUUUUUGUUUGAGUAGGAUUUACUGCAAUCACUUUGAGGCUAGUAUUUUUGUGGGCCAGACUUUUCAUUGUUGUUUAGCUUCUGUGCAAGCAAACACAUGAGCUAUGUUUGACGCCAAUGCCAACUGAUGUUAAGUUUAAAGAGUGCCCUGAUUAGCUUGUUGGUGUUCUCUGUAGUUAUAUGACUGGCUUUUUACCAAGAUGUUGAUUGUGACAUAUAGAUUUGUUGCCUGAAGUAUUAAUGAAGGUGAUCAAAUAGUUUCACUUCAAACCCCUCUCAACAGACAGACUUGUGAAACCCUCGUAAGGCUUCUUUUAAGUUGCUUAAUGCGAAAACAAACAUAACUCCUCUGUAGACACACCUGUAGGAUUUAAUAUGCAGCAGUCUGUCAUCAUCUUAUUAAGUUAACUCUGUUGUUUCUGUGUUUGAGCUGUUGCUAACAUGAGCAAUCUUUUUAGUGGUUUUGGAUUUUAUUUUAUCUAAAGGUGUUUGUGUUUUUUUUUCUGCCAGGCCCGUCAUGACACUACAUCCACACACAAUCACAUACACAGUUUACAGAUAUUGUCUUCCAUAUUGCUGAUUGUGUUGCUGUUGCAGCGUGCACUUGUUGGGAUUUUGACUGAUCUUAGAAAAAAUAUCCUAAUAAUGAAUUUUUCAUUUAACACUCCUCUCUUGAGUUGUAGCAUUUUAUGCUAAUGGACUAACUUGACUGGAAAUAUGCAUCAGCAGAUUUUUUGUUAGAGGCAUCAUAUCACAUUCUAAGUAUUUUUCUUUACCUCAACACAUGAUCAUAAGUUCAUAAAGAUCUAACAUAUCAAUGUUUGUAUACAUGUAGGAGUUUCAAACUUGGGGCUAGUUGUUUGGUUUUUUUAUUUCACUGACUGAGACAGUUCCAGCAGUAUUGGUGGGGGCACACCGUCUUCACAGAGAGUCACAGUUUCUAUAGUUAGAGCACACAUACUGCGGGGUGGCUGAGCCAAGUAGAGCAGAGGGCAGAAACAAGAGCCACCUGUAACAAAAUGAAGCAGGAAGUUUACUGUGGGAAAGAUGAGACUCCAAAACACAAGCCUGUAAUAUUUUAUCUCUUUAAGCCAAAACAUCUUAGAGGACUUCACCUAAUUAAUCAAUAAUGAAUUAUUAUAAAGAUCAUUAUGGAUUAGUCAUCAGACAUGUGUCUUUAAUCAGACGAUGUUUUGCAUUAGGAAUCUGUAAUUAGCUAUUUGUAAGUAUUAAAGAUAACAAAAUUUAGAUUGAUAAAUUUUCUCAUCCAUUAAUUAAUUUGACUGUUUCUGUUGUAGGAUUAUUUGAAUUGCGGCGUGUUGUUUGGCUAGACUUGCAAUACAAAAAAGUCAUGAUGUCGGGGUUGUGAUUCAGUAUUCUGUGAUUUAUCGUGAUACUUUGAGCAAGUUGGUUUAUUUUAUGAUGUCAUAAAUCUCUGAUAGUUUUAAUAUUUUAAUUUGUUGUAUCCAGUCAGUAAGGCUUCAUAAAAAUAUUCUUUGAGCAGUAAGUAAAAUAACAGACAUUUCUAAUUUUCAGCCCCAAGAAGACUCAGAAACACAACUUUUCAUAUGAGAACACUACGGUGUUUAUAAUCUCUUACAGCAACAUGUCUGAUUUGGUAUGAUGGUACUGGAAAACCAUCAACAGCUUCACACUUUCUAGAGCCUUCAUUUUAAGACGCAAACGCCUUUUUCUAAUUUUGUCCUAUUUAAUUAAAGAUUACAAACAUAAUGUUAAAAAUACUCAAACCCUGUCGACACGUAAAGCUGUGUCCAAGUAAAAAAUAAUGAAUUUAAAGCUCCUGUGAGGAGUUUUUAUCUGGUUAUGAAACAGAUAAUAAUCCUGAUACCUCUUUAUGUCCAACUAAAACAGAGAAGACCAUCAGCAACUACACUGACUUUUGAAAUGAAGUCAUUUUAAAUGUCUUUAACCAUGAUUUUUUUUGUACAUUUUCCACUGAAUAUAUUUACAGUAAAGAACAAGGCUCAGUCCCAGUA